AUGGACGACUUCGGGAGAGGACUCACCCUCCCCCCGGCCCUGGGCAGUGCUGCCUCUGCUGUCCGGCUCUGGACCUCCUCUCCCUGGCCUCAGAUCAGCAGGCGGCGGCCAGGGCUGGGGGCCCCCAGCUGCCUGCAGACCGCCUCCUCCCGGCGGCGCCGCCCGGACGGCGCCGUAGCUGGACCAAGACGCGCCGCGGGGACCCCGCUCCGGCGGCCGCAGGCGCCAGUGACCCGGCGCGCCGGGGUCCGGGCCUCGGGCGCAGAGCCGCCCCGUCGGCCCGCGGCCCCUGCGCACCCGCUCUCGGGCGCCGGACGUGGAGGCCCUCGCGCCGCCGUGACCUCCGCCGGCCCCCGCGGCCGGUGCUUCCCAGAGCUUCGGCACCUUCCGGGAGCUCCGGCUGGUGAAGGGCGCAGCCCCUGCGCGGGGCCCCCCGAGAUCUGCAGCCCCAACGGCGUGGGCCGCCUCUGCGCGCUGCACCGGGCCGGCGAGGCCGCCGCGCUCUGCGGGGCUGCGCUGUGGGCCGCGCUCCAGGCGCCGCGCGGAGCGGGCGCGGCCGGCAGGUGCGUGAGCGGCCGCGGCUCCGAGCGCACCAACCGCAGGCACGCUGAGGCCCGGCUGGCAGGCGGAGCCCCCUGUGCCGGGCGCCUGGAGGUGAGGCACGGCCUGACCUGGGGCACCGUCUGCGACGCCGACCUGGAUGUGGCCACGGCCUCCGUGGUGUGCCGGGAGCUGCGGUGUGGCUCUGCCGUGUCCAUGCCCGGGGCGGCCCACUUCCGCCGGGGUUCUGGGGUGGUGUGGACAGAGGCCUUCCGCUGUGCGGGCAAUGAGUCCCUGCUGUUCCACUGCCCACGGCGGCCAGGACACCAGUGUGGACACAGCCAGGACGCCGGGCUCCGAUGCUCAGGUGAGUUCCGGCUGGUCAACGGCAGCAGCAGCUGCCAGGGCCGUGUGGAGCUCCUGGUCCGGGGCGUCUGGGCACCCCUCUGUGCCACCCGCUGGGACCUCGCAGAUGCCAGCAUCCUCUGCUACCACCUCAACUGCGGCAGUGCUGAGGCCAUGCUCCAGGGAGGCCAUUUGGGGGGCGGGGCUGGGCUCAUCUGGCCCGACCAGUUCCACUGCGCUGGGACUGAGCCCUAUCUGUGGAAUUGUCCUGUAAGCACCCUCAGGGUGCCCUCCUGCGCCCCGGGACACGCUGCCACUGCCGUCUGCUCAGGCCUCCCCCAGGCCCUGCGGCUGAGAGACGGGCAGAGCCCCUGUGAUGGCCGCGUGGAGGUCUCCCUGGACGGCUCGUGGGGCCGCGUCCUGGAUGCUGCGUGGGACCUGCGUGGCGCCGCCGUGGUGUGCAGGCAGCUGAGGUGCGGGCGCCGAGCGGGCCUAGACGCGCCUGCGCCGCCGCGUGGGGCCGCCCCGGUGGGGCUGCGCGCCGCGCGCUGUCUGGGCACGGAGUCCCGCCUGACGCAGUGCAACGUGGCCGCGGGCGCGGUGCCGCGGGCGCCCGGGGCCUUGCGGGACGUGGGCGUCGUGUGCGCGGGGAGCCUCCGGCUGCGCCUGUCCGCGGCCCCGACCGCUGCGCGGGGCGCGUGGGGCACCGUGUGUGACGACGCCUGGGGCCUGCGCGACGCCCACGUGGUCUGCGGGCAGCCGGGCUGUGGCCGCGCUCGGGGCGCCGGGGCCGCGCACUCCGGGGCAGGGUCCGCCGUGUGGCUGGGCGAGCUGGGCUGUGCGGGGAGAGGCGCGCUGUGGCGGUGCCCGUCGGGGGGCUGGGGCCGGCCCGACUGCGGGCACAAGGAGGACGCGGGCGUCUUCUGCUCAGACUCAGGGGCGGCGCCGGCCCGGGCCCCUCUGCGGAAGCGAUUCCGCGGCCGCUUUCCCCGCGCGCUGCGACCGCUCCCGCGGCCGGCUGGGCCUCCGGCCCCGGGCGCCCACCGGAGGGGCCUGGACCUGCGGAAGCGGCAGCUCCGUCCUUUCCCGGGGCUUGAAUUCGGUGUUUUUACGCGUCUGCUCCGCGGGUCUCGACCAGACGGUUUCCUGCCUUCCCAGCGGUUUCCAGGGCGGCGUCUCCGCGCCACGCGCCGCUGCCCAGACGUGACAGCGCGGCCCCAGCCGGCCCCUGAGCCUGCGCCGCCAGCACCCGGGGGUGGGCGACGGUCGGGGUGCGUGACCGCGGGCCUCGCGCGCUGA